UGACCCGGAUUCAAACUUUCAUUCCAUCAGACUCGCCUUGCUAAAAACAUCCAAAUAGCUGUGAAGUCUUGUGGAAGUUCGCUAAUAUUGUAAUGUUGGCUAUGCUAACGUUAGCUAACUUGCUACUAGCUAGCUAUUAUGUGGGGGGCAAGCUGGAUUUCUAAAUAAACUGGCCAAGCUCAGAUUUGUUGGUGAAACCGAGGCGUUGUAUUGUACAGAUGUGUGUACAUUGAGAAUGUAUAUGUGAACAUCAAUGGACACGGAUCGACGCCUCGCUGUUUGGAGUUGACGUCAGGAGGUGUAGCGACGGAGUACGGUUUCCACGGAGUACGGACCGUCUACCAAGAUCGUUCAGACCCUUCCUGGUGAUAUACCUACGCCAGGAUGACGUGCAGGGAUCGCACCAAUGAGUUUCAGUCCGCUUGCAAAUCCCUACAGACCAGACAGAAUGGUGUUCAGCCCACCAAGCCGGCCCUCAGUGCUCUCAAGCAACGCAGUGACUUCACCCUCAUGGCCAAGAGAAUAGGAAAAGACUUGAGUAAUACAUUUGCUAAACUAGAGAAACUCACUAUAUUGGCUAAAAGAAAAUCUCUAUUUGAUGACAAGGCAGUGGAGAUUGAGGAGUUAACCUACAUCAUCAAGCAGGAUAUUAACAGCCUGAACAAGCAGAUAGCCCAGCUGCAGGAUCUGAUUCGUUCACAUGGAGCUCCCAGCGGCAGACACAUCCAGACCCAUUCCAACACCAUCGUUGUCUCCCUGCAGUCCAAACUGGCAUCUAUGUCCAAUGACUUCAAGUCGGUUCUAGAAGUAAGAACAGAGAACCUGAAGCAGCAGAAGAGCAGGAGAGAACAGUUCUCUCAGCCUCCUGUCUCCUCCUCUUCUCCUCUCCUCGCCAACAACUUCAAGAGUUCAUUGUUGAUGCAGGAUGAGUCCAGGAGUACGGGGGGUGAGGUGGCCAUCGACAUGGACAACCAGUCUAACCCUCUACAGCUCCAGCUCAUUGAUGAGCAGGACUCGUACAUCCAGAGCCGUGCAGACACCAUGCAGAACAUUGAGAGCACCAUCGUAGAGCUGGGUUCCAUCUUCCAGCAGCUGGCUCAUAUGGUGAAGGAGCAGGAGGAGACAGUACAGAGGAUUGAUGCUAACGUGGAGGACACUCAGCUCAACGUGGACAUGGCUCACACAGAGAUCCUAAAGUACUUCCAGUCUGUGUCCUCCAACCGCUGGCUUAUGGUCAAGAUUUUCCUCGUCCUCAUCGUCUUCUUCAUCGUCUUUGUGGUCUUCCUCGCCUGAGCAGGGAGAAACGACAGAGAAAGAAGGGAAUCAUGAAGAAGGGGGGGAAAGUCUGGUAGGUUGUGUCACUCCUAGUGUCUCUUCUGGUAGGUUGUGUCACUCCUAGUGUCUCUUCUGAUAGGUUGUGUCACUCCUAGUGUCUCUUCUGGUAGGUUGUGUCACUCCUAGUGUCUCUUCUGAUAGGUUGUGUCACUCCUAUAAAACACUAGUCGAUCAAUAGUUCAGGCGGGGUCAUGCUGUCUGAAAUAAGACAAUGGGAAAGCUUGGACUGAGAUGAGGGGUUGCCACAGCAACGGAGCAGUUGGAAUGGAGUGUUAUUGGACGGUUUGGGACUUGAGGUCCAGCAGACCAACAAAUUAUAGUAGUUCUCCCCCCACAGAGAUUAAUGAAAUACCUGUAAUGAAAAGGAUGUGGUAUCGAAACACUUUAUAGUAUGACCAGAAUUCUUAUCAUUCUGUUCUUUGUUACUUUAGAGACUAAAUCAUCAUCAUAAAACAUUUAAUCAAAAAUUGCUAUUUAAUGGUUUGAUUCUGCAAACUGGUUUUGGUUUUUGGUUAAUUUUAUUUUAUGCCUCGUAGUGUUGAUUGGUGGUAAGACAGGAAGGGCUUACUCAUUAAAUUCCUGUCUGUGAGCACACAAAAUACUGGAGUUUUCUUUCUCAUAUUGUAAUUAUGUAUUCUAGUUUUUGUUCCUCAUUAUUAUCCUCUUAUUAAAGAGAGGGACUUUAAGCACUUCUCGCUCUAUCAUUCACACCACGCAUGAGUGAAUGUUUUUGUUUUUUCGUUGGGGGACUUUCGAGCUUUCAAGCUUCCUUAUUUGCCAAAUGGUUACUUUCAAUUUCAAAGAAAUGUGACAAGACACCUGUGGUACGAGCUGUUGUUUUAUGAAGUACAGGAGGGUUAAAGGUGGUUUAAACUGAAGAGGACAUUCCCUUCAUAGAUCCAAUCAUAAACACAAUGUGACGAGUCAGACCCGAACACUUUAUAACAAAUUACAUAACACUGUUAUUGCAGAAUUAACAGUCAGCUGGGGUCAGUUUGAAUACUGUUACCUGUUGUGUGUCCCAAAUGCCACUUCCUAUACAGUGCACUACUUUGAUCAGAGCUUUAUGGGUCCUGGACAAAAGUAGUGCACUAAAUAGGCAAUAGGGUGCCAUUUGAGACUCAUCCUAUGUCAUUUGAGAGAAACCCUUAUUAACAGGUUGUUAUAACAGCUGUUAUAAACAGGUGACAUGCUGAUGGUUAUGACUAGGUAUGAAGGGCCGAAUGUACACUAGUGAAGUGACUUUCUCUACCAAAAUGCUCUGCAACUGGUCAGUUUGGACCUUCCUGUUUUAUUGGAGACUGUCCUCUUCAUUUCCUCUAUCUCUGAGGACAGACGUCUCGGAGGACAGACGUUUAUGUACAGGCUAUUAUUUAACGACCAGAACUUUUGUUAAUAAGAAAACACUCCUAUUUCUUCCCUUUUUUUGCCAAAUGCCUUGACUUCUACAGUGUAUAAAGUGCUAAUGUAUUGGAAAUAAGUGCAUAUUAAAAAAUAACUAUGGGGAAGUA